GUGAGAGCAGUAAAGCCAGAAGAAGAGCUCUUCCCCUCCUCGUUCAUCACCACAGGCUGUAUCUGGUAACAUUGGCGGAAUAACACCAGGAGAGCGUCUUUUUCUGGGUGUUUUUAAAGCUGCCUUUUGCUGAGGUGAAGUUUAAAGGCAGGCAAAAUGUCGUCUUGGGUGAAAUCACCUGCGGGUGGUCGGCGGCCAUCCGGUAACCCUAACGGAAGUGCUCCACAGCCGCGUGUGUUUCGGAGGGCAGCUCCAUACCCAACCAGAGAGGAGAGGACCGAAGAGCUCAAGGAUGCCCUGGACAGUUAUGAAGAGCUAGAGCAAAUCCAAAACUACAGUGGAAGUGUGAAGUACGAGGGCUACAAGCAUCAGCCAAAUGCCAAACCAGAAGGUGGCACUCCAGCAGACAGACGUAAAACGCUGUAUCAGAAGUUCUACAGACAGGUGCAGGAGGAGAGGAAGCCAGCCGACUGCGUGGUUCUCUCUGUUACCAAACAGUGCCUGGAUUACCCCAAAUCGCUAAGCCAGUGCUUGCAGGAGCGUGGCCUGUCAGUGGAAAUGCUCUACCUUCAAGCGGAAUCGGGCCUGACCCGGGCCCUACAGGAUGUCCGAGCAGAAGGCUCCCCCUUAUGUAUUCUGGUGGAGCAGACAAACGUAGCUCUGUCCUCCUGCACUGUUAUCAUAUUCUCAGAAUCCCUCAAAAUCCAUCGAAACAUGCCCAAAGACCAGGCCAUGGACUUUGUUCUAGCAGAGUACAACCGUGGACUGGCUAAAGAGCGACCCCCGAGGGACCCGGCAGACAUUGCAGCCGAGGCGUCGCAGCUGCUCGAUGACUUUCUGGAUCGAGAAAAGAUCGCGCGCCACACCGUUCCCUCUGAAACACGUCAGCUCCUCGUACUGUUAGGCGAGGGUGUCCAUCUGUACCCCGAGGAGUUGGAAACCAUCUCGGAGUACGUGCGCUCUCGGCAGGACCACGUACAAGCUUCCAACAGUGAGGGUGAGAAAGGGAUCAUGUUACCUCCAGGGUUGGGGAAACCACCUCCUCUGCUUCCGACUCCAUCUGGGCCACCACAGCCUCAGCCUGCAUCUUUAACAGGGGGGCCCAUGGGAGACCACGCCUCACCUUCACCUGUACCCCUCUUGCCUUCACCAGUUGCUCAUCCCAAAACCAAACCUCCGCCGCUGCUCUCCUUGCAUCGUCUUCCUGGUCCGUCGUUAGGGGGCCCAAUUGUUCGAGGUCCCCUGUCGUCACACAUCCCUUACGGCGGUCCCGGUGUGCCUCGUGGGCCCCUGCUCCACCCUCCUCCUGUGUUCCACCCAGGCCCCAGAGGUCCCACUAGAGGAGCCCCUCCCACUCUAAAGAGUGCUCGCCCUCCACUUCUGUCGUCUCCAGGUGCUCCUCUUCUUCGUCAGAGUGUCCCCCGGCAUUAGGAAAUGAGACGCGCGC